CUUUAUUCUCAUUAUUAUUUUUUAAUCUCCGCUGAAAACAGAAGAAGAGGAAAAAGUGAAACUGGAAUCUCAUCCCCAAACUGUGUAACCAUUGUUUGAUUUGUUGUUCAUUUGUUGGUUGUUGGUUGUUGGUUGUCGGUUGUCGGUUGUCGGUUGUCGGUUGUUCACUGUUCAUUGCUGUGCUAAAACGAGAUCGGUCGGAUUGAUUGCUUAUUGGGAGAAGAGGGGCGGUGGGAAUGGAAGGAUUGGAGGGGCUUAUAGACAGGCUGAUGGAAGGAAGGAAAAACAAAGGAAAAAAGAUUCAGCUAAUAGAACCCGAAAUUCGGCAGCUUUGCAUCACGGCCAAACAAGUAUUCCUCAGCCAGCCCAAUCUCUUACAAUUGGAAGCUCCGAUUAACAUUUGUGGUGACAUCCAUGGCCAAUAUCCGGAUCUGCUGCGACUGUUUGAGAUGGGUGGAUUUCCUCCGGACGCCAACUAUCUUUUUCUGGGGGACUACGUGGACAGAGGAAAACAGAGCAUCGAAACCAUAACCCUUCUGUUUGCGUACAAAGUCAAGUUCCCCGACAACUUUUUCCUGCUCAGAGGAAACCACGAAUGUGCUUCUAUCAACCGGAUCUACGGAUUUUACGAUGAAUGCAAACGGCGUUUCAGCGUCCGUCUUUGGAAGAUCUUCACAGAUUGCUUCAAUUGCUUGCCCGUGGCGGCUGUGAUAGACGACAAGAUCCUAUGCAUGCAUGGUGGGCUUUCCCCGGAAAUGCUCAGCUUAAACCAGGUGGGAGACAUAGAGAGGCCCAUCGACGUGCCGGACCAGGGCCUCCUCUGCGAUCUUCUUUGGGCCGAUCCAGAUAGAGACAUCAGAGGUUGGGGCGAAAAUGACAGGGGAGUUUCCUUUACCUUCGGCGCAGACAAAGUCACCGACUUCUUGAAGAAACACGACCUCGAUCUAAUAUGCCGCGCUCACCAGGUAGUUGAGGACGGUUACGAGUUUUUCGCAGAGAGGCAGCUGGUUACAGUAUUUUCAGCGCCCAAUUAUUGCGGGGAGUUCGAUAACGCAGGAGCUUUUAUGUGCGUCGACUCCAGUUUGCUAUGCUCAUUUCAAAUCAUUAAGCCCUCUACAGGAUGAGCGGAAUCCAGCUUCUGCGUUGAUGUAAUCAUCCAGACAAAAUCUAGACUUUCUUCCUUGCUCUAAUCUAGUGGUUCCAAUAGAUGUGCUUUUCUUUUUGUUUCCCAUAACAAUCCAGUUCAAUCCAAUCCAAUCCCAUCCCAUCCCAUGUCAUUCCCAGGAUUUGUAUAUAGCGACCGACUUCAACUCUGGGAUGUAUAUACAUGAAGCGUCUAAUGAAUAAAACUAGAACUGAAAUUAA